AGCGUUACGUUUCGUCUUCUUCUUUCAGAGUUUGUUUUUUCUUUCUCUUCGGUUUUUUUCUCUGCAACUCUUUUCACCAACCAAAAUAGCUUCGAUUUUUCUUCUUAUUUUCUGAGAAAAAUCUCCGGAAGAAAAUGAAACCGACCCGAACGACCGAUUUUAGCUUGAUUCGGACUCUCUGUAAACCGACUCAUCACCCUCUCCUCCACCUCCGAGUCGUCUUCUUGUUUGUUCCCACCUAAACACGAAAGUACCCACCCGAAAAGAUUGUUGUUUUAACUUUUUUUUAACAAAUUUUCUUUGUUGCUGAAACCCAAAAUGUUGUCGUUUCAAUCGAGCAAGAACCUCCUUAGCUUAACAGAAGAUCUACUUGUCCGGAUCUACGAAUUGCUGGCCGCCGAGUCGGAUCGGAAAUCGUUUCGGCUCGUUUGCAGAGAGUUUCGUCGAAUUGACACACUGACUCGGAGGCAUCUUCGGGUAAUACGAAUCGAGUUCUUGCCGAUUCUUCUCCGUAAGUACCCUCGGCUACAAUCCCUCGACCUCUCCGCUUGUCCCCGCAUUGACGACGGGGUUGUUUCCUUGCUCUUAACUCGGGUUGGUCCGGGUUCGAAUUCACCGAUUUUAGGUCAUUGGGCUUGGGGACUGAAGAGUCUAGUGCUGAGCCGAGCGACGGGGCUGAGGUUCUCGGGGUUGGAGAUGUUGGCACGUGCAUGUCCGUGUUUGGAGAGCGUUGACGUGUCGUAUUGUUGUGGGUUUGGAGACAGGGAAGCAGCUGCCUUGUCCUCUGCCGUUGGGUUGAGGGAGUUAAACAUGGAUAAGUGCUUGCAAUUGACCGAUGUCGGAUUGGCGAAGAUCGCCGUCGGGUGUUCGAAGUUGGAGAAAUUGAGUUUGAAAUGGUGUAUGGAGAUGACUGAUUUGGGUAUCGAUCUUUUGUGUAAGAAAUGCGUUGAUUUGAAGUAUCUUGAUGUGUCCUAUCUCAAGGUGACAAAUGAAUCACUUCAUUCUAUUGCUUCUCUGCUGAAACUGGAGGUUUUGGGUUUAAUGGCGUGUCCUUUAAUAGAUGAUGUUGGAUUACAUUUUAUCGAGCGUGGAUGCCCGUCACUAAAGGUGAUUGAUGUAUCAAGGUGCGAAGGUGUGAGUUCAUCUGGUUUAAUCUUUGUUGUCAGAGGCCAUCGUAACCUUCUUGAGCUUAAAGCAGGUUAUUGUCUUUCACAGGAGCUUUCUACAGCCCUUCUGCAUCAGAUGAAGAACUUAAAUCACCUCGAAGUGAUCAGAAUUGACGGGGCUAGAAUUUCCGAGACUAGUUUCCAAGUCAUUAGUGCCAAUUGCAAGUCAUUGGUAGAAAUCGGGCUCAGCAAAUGUUUGGGGGUGACCAACAUGGGCAUAAUGAGACUUGUAUCUGCCUGCAUUAAUUUAAGAGUCCUGAAUCUAACUUGCUGCCAUUCCAUUACUGAUGCUGCAAUUUCUGCCAUAGCUUACUCAUGCAGAAGCCUUGUAUGCCUGAAAGUAGAGUCUUGUAAUAUGAUUACCGAGAAGGGUCUUUGUCAGCUUGGAUCCUUUUGCUUGCUACUGGAGGAGAUUGAUCUGACAGAUUGUUGCGGUGUAAAUGACAAAGGAUUGGAAUACUUGUCUAGAUGUUCUGAACUAUCAUGCUUGAAACUAGGGCUUUGCACAAACAUAUCAAACAAAGGACUAUCUUACAUCGGUUUUAACUGUUUGAAGAUUCAUGAACUAGAUCUGUACCGGUGCACUGGCAUUGGUGAUGAUGGUUUGGAGGCUCUAUCCAAUGGUUGCAAGAAGUUGAGGAAGCUCAACUUGUCAUACUGCAAUGAAGUUUCUGACAGAGGGCUAGGUUAUAUCGGUCGUCUAGAGGAACUUUCUGAUCUCGAAAUGCGUGCACUUCAUAAAAUCACAGGUGUGGGUUUGGAAGCAGUUGCAGUUGGAUGUAAGAGACUGGCAGAUUUGGAUAUGAAACACUGUGAGAAAGUUGGUGAUUCGGGCUUUUGGGCACUUGCCUAUUACUCAAAGAAUCUACGACAGAUAAACUUGAGCUACUGUGGCAUCUCUGAUAUGGCAUUGUGCAUGGUGAUGGGGAACUUGUCACGGCUGCAAGAGGCAAAGCUUGUGCACCUCAGCAAUUGCACGGUGGAAGGGGUUGAGCUUGCACUUAGAGCCUGCUGUGUACGGAUAAAAAAGGUCAAGCUAUUUGCCCCUUUAAGGUUCAUGCUUUCAUCAGAGAUUCUUGAAAUCCUGCAUGCUAGAGGUUGCAUCAUAAGGUGGGAUUAGAUGAAUUAUUACAUCAAGGAAAGUUAGUAAUAAAUAAACUCCUCAUGCCUUGGUUCCGGAUGCUUUCUUCGAUAUUAUAAUGAUGUUCGAAGUUCAUAGUUUGCUCCAUGAUAACAGGUUUAAGUUAAAACUACAGCUUGGACCUGUAUUGACCGUGGAUUUAUGUUAACUAUCAUUUUAAGUAUGUUGAUUUGAACUGAUGGCAUUAUAUCCCCAAACAUUCCGAUUUGAAGUUUGAAUCAAAAUUUUGUGAACUCAA